AAUCUCUAUUUUUUGUGAUACAUAUUGUCAAAGAUGAAUGACCCUCUUUUGCAUCCCAACGAAGAAAGCAAACUCUCCCUCACACCACAAGACAGAGUAAUAACUAACAAAACAGAGAGAAGGAUCAAUCAAGUUUCAUGGAUAUAUUAACAAUUUCUCUCAUGCUUAUUUCUUGUCCUUCAUCCUAAACAAAGGCUUCAAUUGGUGCUUUAUUUUUCAGGAUUGUGUAUAUGGAAAUUAACAUGGCAUCAUCAUCUUCAAGAGAAGGUGAAGAGCUGAGUCCAGCUGCACGGUUGUUCCAUUCACCAUCAUUUAAUUGUUAUGUGAUUGCCAUAAUUGGUUGCAAAACAAACAUCAAUCCUCAAGUCAUUAAACAAGGUUUAUCUCAAACUCUGCUUAAGCAUCCUAGGUUCACCAGCAAGCUGGUUAAGAAGGGAAGGAAAAGUAGAUGGACACCAACAACAAUUGACUUAGACAAUCAUAUAAUAGUUCCUAAACUAGAUUCCAAAAUAGAGUUCCCAGAUAGAUUUAUUGAAGACUACAUUUCUAAUUUUACCAAAACACCACUAGACUUAUCAAAGCCACUUUGGGAACUUCACCUCAUCAACAUCAAAACCUCAGAUUCAGAAGCAAUUGGAAUAUUUCGAAUCCACCAUUCUAUUGGAGAUGGUGCCUCUCUUAUAUCACUUCUCCUUGCAGCCACUCGCAAAACCUCUGACCCUAAUGCAUUGCCAACACUGCCUAGAGGUUACAAGAGAGUUGACUCUAGCUCAAAGUCAAACUACUUAUUGUUUUGGUUGGGUAUGAUUUGGUGGGGGUUGACUUUGAUUUGGAACACUAUGGUGGAUGUGUUCAUGCUUGUUUUAACCAUUUUGUUCUUUAAGGAUACACAUACUCCCUUAAAAGGUGCUCAUGGAGUUGAACUCAAUACCAAGCGAUUUGUGUAUCGCACGGUUAGUUUAGAUGACAUCAAACUCGUUAAAGAUGGAAUGAAAACGACCAUCAAUGACGUUUUACUGGGGUUGACACAAGCUGGUCUCACCCGCUAUUUGAAUCGAGAAUACACUAGUGUGGAAGAUGCAAAUGAUGGUGGUGCAAAACAGAGACAAAGAAGUGUCCCUAAGAACAUUCGUUUGAGGGCAUCAAUUCUUGUUAACAUUAGACCUAUUCCUGGAAUCCAGGAUCUAGCAGAUAUGAUGGCUGAGAAAGGAAAAGCCAAAUGGGGUAACCAUAUGGGAUAUAUAAUCUUCCCUUUCAACAUUGCUUUACAUGAAGAUCCAUUGGAAUAUGUUCGUCAAGCUAAGGCCACAAUUGACAAGAAAAAACACUCAUUGGAAGCUAUUUGCUCUUAUGCCUUUGCAAAAUUGGUACUCAAUUUAUUUGGAGUUAAGGUUGUUGGUGCCAUAACAAAAAGAGCACUCUUUCACACUACUAUGGCCUUUUCUAAUGUACUUGGUCCAGUGGAAGAAAUUAGCUUCUAUGGACAUCCUGUUGCAUUCAUUGCUCCAAGUGUAUAUGGACACCCACAUGCACUCACUAUUCAUUUUCAAAGUUACGCUAACAAAAUGACUAUUUCUCUAGCAGUGGAUCCAAGCAUCAUUCCAAAUCCUUACCUCCUAUGUGAUGAUUUAGAAGAAUCACUCAAACUCAUAUGUGAUGCUUUUGUUAAAAAAAAAGGCACAUUGUUGAUAUAAUUUAACAUUAAAUAAUUUCUAUAUCAACUGCAACACCCAAAUUUUAAUUUUAUGUUUUACUUGUCGUAUGUGAUAAAUAUUACAUGUUUUGAUGUUUAGAUAUUAAUAUAUGAUAAUCUAGGAGUCUCUAGAUUUCUACAAUACAAUCAUUGAUCGAUUAGAAAGUUUUUUU